AUGGGGAAGCUCAACUUUGCAGCUCUCCAGGUCCGCCAGAGUGCAAUCUCACAGGCUGCAGCAGGUAAAAUACGCAAUAAGCCAUGCUGGAUCGACAUUGCAGAGAAAAUUCCGCCGUCGAGUGUGCUGGUACGAAAUCUACCGCAGCAACACCCUCUUACCAGGCAGAGAGUGAAGACGCUACCUGGGAAGACGGAGCCUCAGACCGUCAUCGAGACUCGCCCUAGCCGCCGUCCGAAAUCGAAGAAGCCCAGCCGUAUGUUUCAACCGGUGAGGAUAGAAUUCGAGGAAGACCAGCUCCGAAGGGAAUUUUACCGCGACCACCCCUGGGAACUUGCGCGCCCGAGAGUGGUGCUAGAGAAUGACGGGAAGGACCAUUUGAGGCAUGAUUGGAGCAAACUACAGCAGAGCAGGAAACGUGUGGAUGGAGAAAGUGUGGUCCAGAGACAGUUGCAUCUUCUCAAUACGGUACCCGACAUAACCAAAGAGGAGGCUUAUGACAUUGCUCGCCGUGAGUUCUACAAGCUUCGACUGCAGGAGGAUGUUGAUAGGAGAAUUGCUCAAGAGGAAGCCAGGGCAACCGGUGCCUACUUCGGCCUUGACAUGAACACUAUCGGAAUGGAACUCGAGAACCAAGAAUAUGAGCGCUGGAAGGCGUGGGCUGAGACCGAGAUCGUGAUGCAGCAGAGCAACAGAGCAGCGUUCGCCGGCACUGAGAUCACAGAGGCAGAAGCCGAGUCACCAACGGCUGGCGGUGACCUGAGUGCCCCGGAGUCCCAGCUACUGGAGUCUAUCAAACCACUCCGUGCUUGA